CUCUCUACCUUCUGCCCCACACCAAAAGUGAUCAGGUGCAUGACCAACACCCCUGUGAUUGUCCGGGAAGGUGCUACAGUCUAUGCCACUGGGACUCAUGCGGAUGUGGAGGAUGGAAAGCUCCUGGAACAACUGAUGGCCAGCGUGGGCUUCUGCACCGAAGUGGAAGAGGACCUGAUAGAUGCUGUAACGGGGCUCAGUGGCAGUGGCCCUGCCUAUGCAUUCACUGCCCUGGAUGCUUUGGCGGAUGGGGGAGUGAAAAUGGGACUUCCCCGCAGACUGGCCGUUCGACUUGGAGCACAGGCUUUGCUGGGUGCUGCUAAAAUGCUGUUAGAAUCUGAGCAGCAUCCUGGUCAGCUGAAGGACAACGUCUGCUCGCCCGGAGGAGCCACCAUCCAUGCCUUGCACUUCCUAGAGAGCGGUGGCUUUCGUUCACUCCUGAUCAAUGCUGUGGAGGCUUCCUGCAUCCGGACAAGGGAGCUGCAGCAUAUGGCAGACCAAGAGAAGAUCUCUCUAGCAGCCAUAAAGAAGACUUUGUUGGAUAAAGUGAAGCUGGAGUCUCCUUCUCUGUCAGUGGCAUCUGCCGGCAAAGUCAGUCUGUUCACCAGUAAGAGCCCCAGCAGCAAGAAGAACUGACCAGACUGCUGUAGUCUGGCUGUGCUGAACAUCAGUCUCCUCCGUGCGCUUUCUUUUUCGUCUAAGGAAAAACGUUCACUCUGAAUGUUGGUGUCCCCCAUACCCGGCUCUUGGCUUGCAGCAGCUGUGAGGCAGGGCAACGCUG